GGAGGCAGAUCCCAGAGCGCGUGCGUGUUUGCAUGAGUGUUGUGUCGAUGUUCGUGAAUCGUGAGGGACUGCUUUAGAGCUGGGACUUUUCUUCCAAGCAAACAAGGAUUUCUUUUCCACGACCAAACCAACCGUCCGGACUUUUGCAAAACGGUGGAAAAUGUAAGCGAGAACCCAGGAAGAGAGCGCGUGCCCGUUAAAAAUUGAGCGCGGGCUUCUCCUUGUCCCUUCAUAACACUUGUGGCAUCAUCGAGGAAGAACUUUGACACCAAGUGUCUGCAAAGCUCUUUCUUGCAUGGCAUUUUGGAGAGGGAAAUCCGAAGCAUUUGCAGACGUUCCAAAAAGGGGGAAGGGGAGGCGAGGGAGCCAAAGAAAACGCCCUGCUGCGGGGCGGCCAGUGCUCGUUGCUGCCGCCGCUGCCGCCGCUGUUGUUAUCGCCAAAUAAAUUCAAAGUUAAAACAUGCAUCUCCCACCGAACGGGAGAUGAGAUGGAAUGUGGAACGUUAUCUUUGCCCCUUGAAAGUCGAACGUCGCUCUCGUUGCUAAGGGGCCUCUGCACAUUUGGGCAAGUUUCAUCGCUUGACGAGUAUUUCCCCCUCGUUGGUGCACUCUUUUCUGGGUGGGCUGGGAGCCCUGGGAGCCCCGAGGCUGCCCCGCUAGGCCCGAACAAGCAAGUUUCCCAUGUAAAGCCAAGCAAUCGGGGACCGAUACAAGUCGUUUGACGAGGGACACCGCAGACAUGUCUCAAGGCGCUGAGAAGAGGAUGGAAAGCCGCUUGAAGAAGUUGCAGGACCUGAUGACAAACCCGAGGUCUGCGUUGAACCUGGAAAGUUUGCUGGACUCCUUAAAUGCUGUGGUCUUAGAUUUGGACUACCCUGCACUUCGGAAGAAUAAAAACAUUGAAACCUUCUUAAACAGAUAUGAGAGUGUCAUAAGACAAGUUCGAGAUCUCCAAAUGAAGUCGGACGACUUUGAUAGAGUGAAAGUGAUUGGCCGAGGAGCUUUUGGUGAGGUUCAGCUGGUGAGGCACAAAGCCUCUCAGAAAGUCUACGCUAUGAAGCUUCUAAGCAAGUUUGAGAUGAUCAAACGCUCCGACUCGGCCUUCUUCUGGGAAGAAAGGGACAUCAUGGCCUUUGCCAACAGUCCAUGGGUGGUGCAGUUGUGCUGUGCCUUCCAAGAUGAGCACUACCUCUACAUGGUGAUGGAGUAUAUGCCAGGAGGUGACCUAGUCAACCUCACCAGUACCUACGACGUGCCAGAGAAAUGGGCCAAGUUUUACACGGCAGAGGUGGUGAUGGCCCUGGAUGCCAUUCACUCCAUGGGCUUCAUCCACCGCGACGUCAAGCCAGACAACAUGUUGCUUGACGGACAAGGACACCUGAAACUGGCCGACUUUGGCACAUGCAUGAAGAUGGACUCUACCGGUAUGGUGCAUUGUGACACAGCAGUUGGAACUCCUGACUACAUCUCACCUGAGGUGCUGAAAUCCCAGGGAGGCGACGGCUGUUAUGGCAGAGAGUGCGACUGGUGGUCUGUUGGGGUGUUCAUCUUUGAAAUGCUUGUUGGUGACACGCCAUUCUAUGCUGACUCUCUGGUGGGAACCUACAGUAAGAUCAUGGAUCAUAAAAACUCCCUCAACUUCCCUGAUGACGUGGAGAUCUCCAAAGAUGCAAAGAAUAUAAUCUGUGCCUUCUUGACUGACAGGGAGGUUCGAUUAGGACAGAACGGCGUGGAGGAGAUCAAGCGUCACCCGUUCUUCAGGAAUGACCAGUGGACCUUUGACACCAUCAGAGAAACUGUUGCACCUGUGGUCCCAGAGCUGAGUAGUGACAUCGACACCAGUAACUUUGAUGAGAUUGAGGAUGACAAAGGAGAUGUGGAGACUUUCCCCACACCCAAAGCUUUUGUUGGAAAUCAGCUCCCCUUUGUGGGAUUCACCUACUUCAAAGAAGACCAGCUACUAACUGCUCCCAACAACUCCUCGUCUAUGAAUGAUAAUUCCAAGGGAGAGUCAGUAGCAUUACAGAAGAAGCUUGGCCAUUUGGAAGUGCAGCUGAAUAAUGAGAAACAAGCCAAAGAUGAUCUGGAGCACAAAUUCAGAGCUGCCACAAGUCGUCUGGAUAAAGUUUCCAAAGAACUCGAAGAUGAGGUGAGCGGCAGGAAGAAUUUGGAGUCCAGCCUGAGGCAGCUGGAAAGGGAGAAGGCCCUUCUGCAGCACAAGAGCCUGGAGAGCCACCGCAAGGCUGAGAGCGAAGCUGACAGGAAACGCUGUCUGGAAAAUGAAGUUAACAACCUACGCGAUCAGCUCGACGACUUAAAAAGAAGGAAUCAAAAUUCGCACUUUUCCAACGAGAAGAACAUCCAUCUGCAGAAACAGUUGGAAGAAGCCAACAUCUUGCUACGGGCCGAAUCCGAGUCGGCGACCAGGCUCCGUAAAAACCAGACGGAGAACAGCAAACAGCUGCAGCAGCUGGAGGGGAACACGCGAGAGCUGCAGGACAAAUGCUGUCUGCUGGAGCGCAGCAAGCUCAGCUUGGAGAAGGAAUGCAUCAGUCUGCAGGCCGCCCUGGAAGCAGAGCGAAGGGAGCACAGCCAAGGCUCGGAGACCAUCAGUGACUUGAUGGGGCGGGUCUCUGGCCUUGAGGAGGAGCUACAGCAGCAGAAACGAGCGCUCUCCAAAAUGGAGACUGAGAAGAGGCAUCUUCAAGAGAAGCUCACUGACUUGCAAAAGGAGAAGAGCAACAAAGAGAUCGAUUUGACCUACAAACUCAAGGUCUUGCAGCAGGAGCUGGAGCAGGAGCAGGGCUCGCAUAAAGCCACCAGGGCUCUGCUGGCAGACAAGAACAAGAUAAAAGUCACCAUCGAGGGUGCAAAAUCAGAGUCCACCAAGGAGAUGGAGCAGAAACUGGCCGAGGAACGAGCAGCCAAACUGCGGCUGGAGAACAGGAUACUUGAACAGGAAAAGCAUAGCAGUAUGAUGGACUGUGACUAUAAACAAGCUCUCCAGAAGCUAGAUGAGCUGCGCACACACAAAGACCACCUCACGGAGGAAGUGAAGAAUCUAACGCUGAAGAUUGAGCAGGAAACCCAGAAACGUAACCUGACUCAAAAUGACCUCAAGGCCCAGAACCAACAACUCAACUCACUGCGAACGUCCGAAAAGCAGCUCAAGCAAGAAACAAAUCACCUACUGGACAUUAAACGCAGCUUGGAAAAACAGAAUCAGGAGCUGCGCAAAGAAAGACAAGACACAGACGGGCAAAUGAAGGAGCUACAAGACCAGUUAGAAGCUGAACAGUAUUUUUCUACUUUGUACAAGACCCAAGUUCGUGAACUAAAAGAAGAAUGUGAUGAGAGGAACAAACUCUUGAAAGAAGUGCAGCAGUCUCUUCAGGAAGUACAGGAAGAGAGAGAUUCUCUGGCCGCCCAGCUGGAAAUCACACUGACUAAGGCUGACUCAGAGCAGCUGGCUCGCUCCAUCGCUGAGGAGCAAUACUCUGAUCUGGAGAAGGAAAAAAUCAUGAAGGAGCUGGAGCUGAAAGAGAUGAUGGCCCGCCAUCGUCAGGAGUUGUCGGAGAAGGACAUCACCGUCAAUUCGUUGGAAGAAGCCAACAGGACCCUGACCAGUGAUGUCGCCAACUUGGCCAAUGAAAAGGAAGAGCUCAACAACAAAAUGAAGGAGGCCCUAGAAGAAACGGAGAAGUCAAAUGAUUGGGAGCAGCAGAUCAAUCAGAUGAAGCACACCUUUGAGAAGCAGCUGCAGUCUGAGAGGACACUCAAAACUCAGGCCGUCAACAAGCUGGCAGAGAUCAUGAACAGGAAGGAGGUGCGUGGUGGAAGUAGUCGCCGUGGCAAUGACACAGAUAUGCGCCGAAAGGAGAAAGAGAACCGAAAGCUGCAGUUGGAGCUGAGAUCGGAGAAGGAAAAACUCAACAGUACCAUCAUCAGAUACCAACGAGAGAUCAACGAAAUGCAGGCGCAAUUGGCAGAUGAGAGUCAGAUGCGAAUUGAGCUUCAGAUGGCCCUGGACAGUAAAGACAGCGACAUCGAGCAGCUGAGGAAUCUCCUUCAGUCACUCAGCGUUCAGUCCAUUGAGUCGGCGAGCGUCUGUAGCGGUCCGGACUUUGACACCGAUGACUCCUUGACAGAAACAAGGCUCGAAGGGUGGCUAUCCCUCCCUGUGCGGAACAACACCAAGAAGUUUGGAUGGGAAAAAAAGUAUGUUGUCGUGAGCAGCAAGAAGAUUCUCUUCUACAAGAGCGAACAAGACAAAGAGCAGUCCAUCCCUUAUAUGGUGCUUGAUAUAGACAAACUCUUCCAUGUGAGGCCUGUCACUCAAACGGACGUGUACCGAGCCGACGCCAAAGAAAUUCCAAGAAUAUUUCAGAUUCUUUAUGCCAAUGAAGGGGAGAGCAAAAAGGAGCCCGAAUUUCCCGUGGAGCCUCUGGCAAUGGGCGAAAAGUCCAGCUACAUCUGUCACAAAGGCCACGAGUUCAUUCCCACCCUGUACCACUUCCCCACCAACUGCGAGGCGUGCACCAAACCACUAUGGAACAUGUUCAAGCCGCCACCCGCUUUGGAAUGUCGCCGCUGCCACAUCAAGUGCCACAAGGAUCAUAUGGACAGAAAGGAGGAGAUCAUCGCUCCUUGCAAAGUCAACUACGACGUGUCUACGGCCAAGAACCUGCUGCUGCUCGCCAUGUCUCAGGAGGAGCAGCAGAAGUGGGUGAGUCGCCUGGUAAAGAAGAUUCCCAAGAAGCCGCCGCCCCCGGAGAGCCUUUCCCGCUCCUCACCGCGCUCUUCCAUGAAAGUCCAGCCCAGUCAGUCCUUGAGGAGACCCAGUCGACAGCUCCCCAUCAGCAAGAGCAGAUCAAAUGGCUUCAAAUUGAUGCGAGAAGACUCCAGCAGUGGACUAUGCUAACCUUGCGCAGGACCAGCGGGUGCAUCUUGAAGACGUUCCUUGUUUAAACGAAGACUUUAUCGCCAAGCUCGGCUGGCCAAUCAGCACACUGAACCGCCCCGCUUGACUUCCAGCAGCUCAUCUUCGCAAUGACUGUACGAGAAUUCAUUCCGCAGCCCUCCACUGAACACGGGAGCAUUGGACGCGGACUUUUGAGUGCGUCUCGGGGCAUUUGUGGCUCCCGCGCGACCAGAUGCACUGCGCAUACCGCGACGCUUCAUUGAAGGACCCUCAUCUCCAUUUGUGGACUGUGGCCAAAAUCAUUUUGGGUGUUAUUGUUGUCAGUAUAACAAAGGGGUUUGUGUGGGGAAAAGGACACCGAAGGAGAAUAAAAAUCCCGUUGCUUGUUGGUGCAGCUCAGCAGCAUUCAACAUUCCGCGUAGCUUUCAGGCGCGUCACACAAACUUGAAGAAGCAACCAAAGUGCUGCUUAUUGCCAUCUCCUGUGUCCCACACCAACACAAAUCCAAUCCCAGCCCUCUGCACUGUCAGUUUGUUUACUGAAUGAAAGGGAUGGCCUAACCUAACCCUCUCUGCUUUUCUGAUCCAAGCUCAGCACCUGCUGUUGUUUGAAUGUAAAAACUGGGAUGCUCCAGAGACAAGACACAAGCAUUGUAUUCCUUGGAUCCAAACUUACUUGACCGAAGGGCUUUGUUAAUGACAAAGCCACAGAAUGACCUUGCAUGUCCGCUUCUUUUCAUACACACACUGCCACACAUUUCAAAGGUAUGAAACCGAGGUAAUUGUAACAAAAAGCAAAAUCCAGUCAACGUACUGAGCGGGCACUAUUUGCAUUGAGUUUUUCUUCCAAGGUAAUUCCUGUGAUAUUUUUGUAUUAAAAGUAACGUCAGAGUUUGGGCACAUAGUUGCGUGUGGAUGUGGCUUUUAUAGCAAGUGGAGCGACACGGAGUGUAUUUGUGUGUGCGCCGUCUCCUUUAACCAUCAAGCAUGUUUUAUACAUAGAAAUAUACACCGUAUAUAUUUUACAUGUCAUACAGUGCACAUAUUUAUACAACUGCGUCCACUUUAUAUUUAAGGGCUUCACAUCCAGACUGCAUGUUGGCUACCAAACAAUUCUCUAUAAUAACCACUUCAACAAUAAAGAUGUGGAUGUGCCGUC